AUGUCUACACGUACCUCACCGGUGAAAAUCACUGAAUACGCGAGACCACGCGGUAUCACCGCCCUUGUCUUUGGCGGCGCCGUAUUCUCUUAUUUAUGCUUAGCUGGCGUCACCUUGAUAUCUGAGAACAACGCCAUCUGGCAAACUAUCGACAGUAUCUCGCCGGGUAGCGCAGAGACGUUUCGCUGGAUUGUCAAGACCGGGGUUCCGCCACUUAUCGUGAUACACUCCAUCGAGGCUGUCGCAUUUGACCGCACAAGAUUAAUGCCACAUGGCGUUCCAAGAUGGGGGUUGUUAUGGUGGAAAUGGGUUUUGAGCUGCUGGAUCGAGGGGAUUGGAUGUUGGCAGCGCUUUGCUUCUGUUGUCAACGCAAAGAAGGCGGCAGCAAAGUAA